AUGUCAGUCGAGAUCGCGAAUAUCUUGAUUUCUCUAAAUUCUUCCUCAUCAAUUUUUGUCUACAUGAUUUUCUCUUCAAAAUAUCGAGCCAUUAUCAAACAUUGGUUGGGAUUGGAAAAGAGGAAACAGAUCAACGGAGUCGCGCUGACGACCGCGUUGGCUGCUCAGAAAGCCCUUGAGCUGUCGGUUUUGCCGGAUGAGGUUGAAAACCGACGCCGCAAAUCGAAUGUGGAGAAAUUCGCACAGUUGCAAAAUUUGCGACAACCGCUGUGUCGACAAACGAGCUCGCACAGUGACGUCCGCAUAGAAGAGGAGAUUUGUCAAGACGAAAACUCCGACGCUCGGCGGACAUCAUCUCGACGAAAAUUGUUGCGUUUUGCCACCGUUCAA